AUGAUUCCCCCAUCCGUACCGGACCAGCUUGCGGUGACGCCAGCCGGCUCUGCACGUGAUCCAUUCGACUCUGACAUUGGAGCCAUAUCCUUGAGCUCAGAGACUAUCUCCAUCAGCUCUUCGGAUGAUUCCGUCCCAGAGCCUACAAGAGCCCCUUCUGUUGCUGUUCGCGGUGCAGUUCGACGUCCACCCCCUGAGCCUCCUGUUCAACGCCAAAUAGCCAAGACGGAACAACGGGAUGAGAUUGCACCUGUUAGCCCUAGCCCGCCAGAACCAGAGUUCAACGAGAAAAGUCAGCCUUUGGAUCCAGAUGUCGAAGCCAAUGUCGUGCCACCUGCGGUUGUGACAAAGGAAAAGGUAGAGGAAUCUCCCGUUUCGGAUCAAAAACCAAAGGCUGGUUUCUUCCGCCGAAUCAACAAUAGUUUCCGAAACACCUAUUGCCCGAAAGAGGAGCCACCCCUGGUGCUUCCAACUUGUCCUAAUGACGAUGAGAAGCUUUUGUACAUUCACACCAAUCGCAUCUUGCUCUAUACGUUUGGCGUGCUUUCCUUCCUGUCGUUGGGUGCCGGUAUGUGGCUCUUUGCUCUGUCUGCGCCAUUCUUCUACUGGUAUGGUGUCUUUGCCGGUGCCAUGUGCAUCUACCUGAUCAUUUCGUAUGGUGUCGGGCUUAUCGGUCGGGACUGGGACUACAAGGCACAUAUACAACGAGUUGAGGCGUAUCCGAUCACUGAGGAGUCAGCACCUACCGUUGACAUCUUCCUACCUUGCUGCUCAGAACCCCUUGAGAUUUUGGAGAACACCUACAAACACAUCGUCAAUCUCGACUGGCCUGCAUCCAAGCUCAAAGUUUAUGUCAUGGAUGACAGUGCGCAGGACGCUGUUCGCGAGUUAGCAGAGGCAUAUGGCUUCAUUUAUCACGUCCGCGACGAUCGUCCUCGCCUGCGAAAGGCGGGCAACUUGCGAUGGAACUUUGCCCGCACUGACGGCGAGUACUUCGUCAUCUUUGACGCCGACUUCUGCCCGCGACCUGAUUUCGUCAAGGAGCUUAUCGUUGAGCACUUGGACGAUGAUAAGACUGCCAUUAUCCAAAGCCCUCAGUGGUUCCGCGUCACUGACGACCAGACAUGGGUUGAACAGGGAGCAGGAGCUACACAAGAAUUGUUCUACCGUGUCGUCCAAGUAAACAGAAACAGAUGGGGUGCCUCUAUCUGUGUUGGCAGUAAUGCCAUGUACCGUCGAGCGGCCUUGACUGAAGUAGGAGGUACUGCAGAGAUUGGAUUUUCCGAGGAUGUCCACACAGGUUUCGGCGCGGUUGACCGGGGUUGGAAAGUCAAGUACAUCCCUUUGUGUCUGGCCACUGGUGUUUGCCCCGCCGGUCCUCGGGCGUUCUUCUCGCAGCAAAUGCGAUGGGCCAGAGGUAGUACAACUCUAUUCACUAACCCUAAAUUCUGGACCUCAAACCUCAGCUUUAUGCAAAAGCUAUGCUACAUCUCUGGUUUCCUCUAUUACUCAGCAGUGUCGCUCAAUAUCUUCCUCUCGCCCAUCGCCGGUACGCUUCUCCUUGCCUUCCGCUCGGAAUGGUUCAAGGCGUGGAACCUUGCAUUCGCUUUGCCGUCCAUCUUCUACGGCAUCGUCGUUUUCAAGGUGUGGACCAAGGCCUCCUACGGCUUCAAUGUGCAGCACGUUAUGGUAAUUAUGUCUUAUGCAUACUUGACAGCUAUCAAGGACCGCAUCUUCAACAUCGAAUUGCUUUGGGCUGCUUCAGGUGACUCUAAAGCACACAAGUCCAACAAGUAUCGUGACAUGCGAAUUCUUUGCUGGAUCUGGACUAUCACUGUUACAGGCGCUAUGAUUGGCGUUGUGGUGUGGAGGUUGUUGACCGGAUUCACUUGGUAUCAUACUCUACCACUCAUGAUAAUCAACCUCUACAACUUUUACAUUACUCACCGAUUUCUAUUUUGCAAUUGGUAA